AUGGGGAAUUCUACAGGCUCCACCGUGGACGAUCUCCAGGCUGUGGAGAUGCACCUGUGGUACAAGAAGUUCAUGACUGAGUGUCCAUCAGGCCAGCUCACGCUGCACGAGUUUAAGCAGUUUUUCGGUCUGCGGGGACUGGACCCCGAGGCUAAUGCUUACAUAGAACAGAUGUUUCGCACUUUCGACAUGAACAAGGACGGUUAUAUAGACUUCAUGGAGUACGUGGCAGCUUUGAGUCUGGUGAUGCGAGGCAAGAUGGAGCACAAACUGCGCUGGUACUUCAGACUGUAUGACGUUGAUGGCAACGGCUGCAUAGACAGACACGAGCUGCUCAAUAUCAUAAAGGCUAUCCGUGCCAUUAACGGCGGUGAUGCGCAGGAGCUGAGUGCUGAAGAGUUCACAAACCGCGUGUUCGACAGGAUAGAUGUUAAUGGGGAUGGCGAGCUGUCUCUGGAAGAGUUUGUAGAAGGAGCGCGGAGUGAUGAUGACUUCAUGGAGGUGAUGGUGAAGAGUCUGGAUCUCACUCACAUUGUCGCCAUGAUCCACAACCGCAGGCACAGCAUAUAA